AAGAAGCUCUGAGCAGAGAUUGGCUGUGGCCUCUGUGGAUAUCUGUGACAACAGAGACCCUCAGCAGAAAUGAACGCCAGCCCCCCUGCAGGAAGCGCCCUGGCCCCCGGUGGAGCAACUGGCCCCACUACACCCAAGAAGGGACCACCCAAGUUCAAGCAGAGGCAGACUCGCACAUUCAAGAGCAAGGCCCCCAAGCCAGGCCAGAAGGGCUUUGGUGACGAUAUUCCUGGCAUGGAGGGUCUUGGCACAGACAUCACAGUGGUGUGCCCAUGGGAAGCCUUCGGCGACAUGGAGCUCAGCGACUUGGCCAAAUACGGGAUCAUUUAA